CAUAUUGAUGACGUCAUAACUUGUAUUUACUGGGGAACUGACAGCAUUCGUAGUGAUACAGAGAAGAAUUUACCAGCAAAAUAGACACUUUGCAAGACAGACAGACUAUGAUCUUGGCUGGCCUGAGUGUUGAGCCUCAGUGAGAUGACUGACCAAGGCAACAACAACAACCACAACAUCGCCCGUAACCCCUUCGCCGCCCUCUUCAGCUCGUUGGCUGAUGCCAAGCAAUUUGCGUCAGGCCAAAAGUCUGCACCGUUAUCCACUGGACCGCCACAAGAUGACUCCGGAGAGAGCCAAUCGGAGUCCGAGAACUCUGUCUCGGACAGCGUCGACGACAAUGACGACUCUGUGACAGAGAUCAGCCGAUCCUUCCGAUCUCGGCAGGAACUGUGCGAGCAACUCAAUGUGAAUCACAUGAUCCAGCGUAUAUUUCUCAUCACUUUGGACAACAGUGAUCCCGGUUUAAGAGGGGACAAUGGCAUCCCGCCUCGCUGUGUUUACCUGGAGGAGAUGGCGGCUGAUCUGGAUGGACAGGAUUGGCUGGACAUGGAUAACAUAGAGCAGGCGCUUUUUAAUCGUCUGCUGAUGCUCGAACCAGGAAACCAUCUCAUCUACAUGACGUCAUGCAGCGCCGUGAACCUGUCAGCUGAUCGUGACGCUGGAGAGAAAUGUGCCAUCCCGUACCUCUUUGCUUGUUUUCAGAGGGCAAAGGAAGAGGUGACCAAGGUGCCAGAGAAACUAUUGCCAUUCUCCGUUCGUUGUAAGAACCUGACGGUCUCAAACACACGCACAGUUCUGCUCACCCCAGAAAUCUAUGUCAACCAAAGUGUGUACGAGCAGCUUCUGGACCUGCUCCUGGAUGCUUACAGUAGAGCACAGCCAGAGGAGGUGGUGGAGUUUGUUGAGGAAGUGAUCGCCGCCUUGCUCUCCGACCAAGAGGUGCGGACCUUCCAGGAGGUGAUGGUUCCAGUGUUUGAUAUUUUCCAGGGGAGAGUCAAAGACAUGGAUCUGUGUCAGCCCUUCUUAUACUUCUACCUUGACGUGCUUCUCUACUUCAGCUACAAUAAAGAUAUUGCCAAGGUAUUGAUGGAGCACAUUCAGCCCAAAGAUCCGGCUAAUGGCUUGAUGUACCAGAAGAGCCUUUUAGGAACCGUGUUGAGCGUGUCUUGCUUGCUGAAAACACCAGGAGUGGUCGAGGGACACGGCUACUUCCUGAACCCAUCACGUUCCAGCCGUCAAGAGACUAAAGUCCAGGAGGCAAACAUCCACCAGUUUAUGGGCCAGUAUCACGACAAGUUGCACCAAAUGUUUAAAUACCUGCUGCAGCGGUCGAAUGAGACGCGCCACCUGCUGCUGUCGUGGUUGGGCAACUGCCUGCACGCCAACGCUGGCCGGGCCAAGAUUUGGGCCAAUCAAAUGCCCGAGAUCUUCUUUCAGAUGUACGCCUCCGAUGCGUUCUUCUUGAAUUUGGGCGCAGCACUUCUGAGGCUGUGCCAGCCCUUCUGCCGGCCACGUUCGCCCAAAUUGCUCACAUUUAAUCCCACGUACUGCGCAAUCAGAGACUUGAGUGAAGAGGAGCGGCGCAUUCGCAAUGUGCAUGCGAGAGGUCUUGACAAAGAAACCUGUCUGACCCCCAUGCCCUCCCAGCCCACGCAGGAGCCCGCAGUGGAGUCCUACAGCCUGCUGACGGAAAACCUCGUCCUCACUCAGCUCACCCUGCAUCUCGGCUUCCACAGACUCCAUGAACAGCUGGUCAAGAUGAACCAGUCUCUCCACCGGCUCCAGGUGGCGUGCGAAGAAGCCCACCGUACAAGCAGCCCCAUGACGGAGCAACUCUUGGAGCAGUUUGAGCGCCUGAUGAUUGUUUUCUUGUCAACCAAAGCCGCGACCACGCAGCCCGCCAUGCUGCAAUGCUGCCUUAACCUCCAAGCGUCCACCGCCGCUCUGCUGGUGCAGUUUGCUUUGGGAAACCACGGCCCCGAACAUGUAGCACUCAGUUUCCCGCUGCCGGCACUGCAGAACACCAUGCUCUGCUUUGUACCAGAGUUUUUUGCCGAGAAUUUGGGAGAUCUCUUCAUCUUUCUGCGUCCGUUUGCCGAUGAUGUUUUGGAGACCUCAGCCGAAAGUCUUGAGCAGAUUCUUAACUUCAUCACCGUCUUCAUGGGGAAUGAAGAGAGGAUGAAGAAUCCACAUUUGAGAGCAGAGCUGGCAGAGGUCUUAGAGGCUGUAAUGCCCCACAUGUUGCCUCUGGCACCUGGUUCUCCUCAGCCAAUCGUCUUCCAGCGACAGAGAGUCUUCUGCUCUUACAAAUAUGCACCACAGUUGGCUGAAGCCCUCAUCACUGUGUUUGUGGACAUUGAAUUUACGGGUGAUCCUCACCAGUUUGAACAGAAGUUCAAUUACAGAAGACCCAUGUAUCCCAUCCUCAAGUUCAUGUGGGGUGAAAAUAACUACAGAGACAGUAUUAAGCAUUUGGCAGACUAUGCAUCCAAGAACCUGGAAGCCAUGAAUCCUCCUUUGUUCCUCAGGUUCCUCAACCUGCUAAUGAACGACGCCAUCUUUCUUUUGGAUGAGGCUAUUCAGUACCUGAGUAAAAUCAAGAUCCUGCAGCUGGAGUGGGAUCGAGGAGAGUGGGAUGACCUGGCCCCUGAUGCCCGAAGGGAAAGGGAGUCAAGCCUGCAGAUGUUUGGACAGCUGGGUCGCUUCCACAACAUCAUGUCUAAUGAGACCAUCGGCACGCUGGCCUUCCUCACCUCAGAGAUCAAAGGGAUCUUUGUGCACCCUUUUCUGGCUGAGAGGAUCAUCUCCAUGCUCAACUACUUUUUACAGCACCUGGUAGGACCCAAGAUGGGUGCUCUUAAAGUGAAGGACUUCAGUGAGUUUGACUUUAAGCCUCAGCAGCUUGUCUCUGACAUCUGCACCAUCUACCUGAACCUGGGAGAUGAGGAGAAUUUCUGUUCUACCGUCCCAAAGGAUGGACGUUCGUAUUCGCCGACCCUCUUUUCCCAAACAGUGAGAGUACUGAAGAAAAUCAACAAGCCCGGGGACAUGAUUGUGGCUUUUGGACUCCUUGCUGAUAAGAUAAAGUCCCAUGCAGAUCGACAGUUGCAAGACGAGGAGACUUAUUCGGAUGCCCCAGAGGAAUUCUUAGAUCCCAUUAUGUCCACACUGAUGCUGGAUCCCGUUCUUCUUCCUUCUUCCAACGUCACAGUCGACCGCUCAACUAUAGCAAGGCAUCUCCUCAGUGACCAGACAGACCCAUUCAACCGCAGUCCUCUCACCAUGGACCAGAUCAGGCCAAAUGAGGAGCUCAAACAACAGAUCUUACAGUGGCUGGAUAAGCAUAAGCAGGAGAGGCUGCAGCUGGGACCAAGUGACCAGACUUGAUCCGCUCAGUGCCUAACAGUGACUGCAUCCUUGUUUGCUUUCCUCUUUUACAUCGAGAGUGCUCCUCUGCCUUUUUUUGGAGGAGGGGUAAUCUCUGGUGUGCUUGUCGCCACAGAUUCUAGACUUCUGUCUAAUACUGCGUUCAAAUCCUAUUUAAUACAGCCUAGCCUUCGUACAACAGACUGCCGCAUCACAGCUGGUUGACAAAUGUUUGCCCACUGGGAAACAUUAGCAUUUUGGGAGUAAUGGGAUUUUAAGCAGAAUAGCGCAACUACAGGACCGUGAAAAAGCAUUUGCCUCAUCCAGAUUAUUAUUAUUUUUUUAAUAUAUAUAUAAACCUUAAAUGUUUCAUACCAGUCAGCUAAUUUUAACCUCCUCGGCCCAUCGCAGACACGGAGAAAUGCACACAAAUGCAACUGAACCGGACCAUCAUGAACGAAUUACAGUCGGCGACUCGUUUUCGCACACCUUGCGAUUGACCCUCGACCGCAACUUGCUGCAGCACAAAAAAAAUAAAAUAAGAAAAUUAAGAAAAAAUGAGUAGCGGUAAUGAAAUAUGGUGUUCUAGUAAUGUGAAGAUUGGGAGAAUAAAAAAGGGUUGCAUAUUGAUAUUUAUCUGUUUCCUAAUUAUUAUAAUACAAAUGUCCACAUAAUUAUUCACAAUAUCAAUUAAUCAUAAGUAUAAUCAACAUAAUCUCAGCAAAUUAAUUUCAGAAGUGUAUAACACACUUUGCAUUAAUCAAUACUUCUCAAGUUUAAGAAGCUUGGCGACCCCUGGCGUAUUGUCAGUUUUUAUUGAACCACAAAAAAAAUGGCACCAUUUUCAUGCCCGCUGUAGCUGUUAGUGAAAAAUAAAGAAGAGCGUGUGGCUAGUUAAGAGACUGUUAGCAUUGAUUGCCCCAACAUUUUGUUGACAGAGACUCUCCACGCUGCACUAUUUUAACCACAGGUACACAUAAAAUGAAUAUUAGAAAUAUUAAGUAUUAUUUUCAAACAUAUACAUACUGUAUAUACUGUAUCGGUACGGACUGUCAGCAGUGGUCUGGAUUUGGCUUCUUACCUUUUUUUUUAUUUAUUUUUUGCGACAGCUCAUGUGAUACGAUGUUGCGUUUUCGAUUGGCUGUUGCAUCUGCGAUGUCGUGUCACAGUUCACCUGUGUAUCCAUCACAAGUUAAAGAGAAAGAUUGAUUGCAAUCAUUGCUGCCGAAAGUGGCACAAAUAGUUGUUGGGUUCAGGAAGCAAGGUAACCAACAAAUGCUAAUAAUACAUAUGGAUAAUAUAAGUUUUUCCAUUCAAACAGUACCGGCCGUCUGAGGACUAAAAAAAAAAUCUGAAAUUGAAUCUUCUCGCCCCUGUCUUGACUUUUGUGAUACUUUGACAUUCACAUCAAUUGUAAUGUUAGGGCUUUUUAAAUAUUCUUCACACACGUACCACCUUAACAAAACUUCAUAUAGCUACACAAGUAUUUAGUGAUGCUUAGAUGGCAGAGCUGAAUAUUUAUUACUUAGGCUCCAACUACAGUUGCAUUACUAAUACGCAGCACUUUUGUGUCAAGCUACAUAGAGAUAUAAACAGCACCUAAACUGUAAGGCUUUUUUUUUUUUAAAACGUGUGAGGUUUUUAUUUAGAGCCCUCAUUGUAUUUGUUUUGUAAAUUGCAAUGACGGCUUCAUAAGCACACGUCAGAUACCGCAUUAAGGAAGUCUUGCUGGAAAGUCGACGAUGCACAGCACAAUUCCUUAGUUUUAAAUGUGAAAUCUCAACUAUAUGCUUGCUGGUGCUUGACCAAAAAAACAAACAAAGAAACUGAUGACAGUCGGUUUAAGGAUACAAAUGUUUAUAUCUAUUACAGAGGUGCUGAACAUUCACUGGGAUGUCAUUUAUUCUGUUUACCCAACACAACAAAGAUGGGGAGGUGAGGGGUUAUUUUUCGGUAUUAUGCGUUAAAGAGAUGGCAAAAUAAAAAUUCUCAGAGAGGCGUUUAAAAUAAUCUGUUUGGAUUGACAAAAUCAAAUUACAAUAUAAUACAAGAGUACGGGCUGCUGAAUGUUAUUUUAUUUUCCCUGUGUUUAUCCUGAGACCAGAUUUUACUUUCUUAAAUUCCCUUUAAAUUGCUAACGGUUAACUGAUUGCUGGUAGUGUUUUGCAAGGAUUUUAUAUUGUUUGCAUUAACAUGAAGAGCCAACUGAAUUACACUUUUGACACAUUUUGGUUUUUUUAAAUAGAGAGCGCUGCAGGUAGAGUGCAAGGACUCAACAAGUGCAGGUUUAUCUGUUUAGAAUUUAAGAAAUAAAAGUUAUUCAAUGUGGUUGUGAUCAAGACAAAAUGUGAAGGAAGUACAGUAUGUGGUGGUUUGGCAUGCCUGUGCUUUAAGAAUCUUUGGUGAAAACAUAUUGCUCUAUUUUUGUUUUAUUGUAAAAUUUUACUUUGAGUGUACAGUAUAAUUAAAAAAAUAAAAACCA